CAACAUUGAUGAUUGCUGAUUUGAUUACUUCCGGCAGGCGCUGAGCGGAUUGAUUGCAAGCCAUCAGUUUAUUAUGUUUAUAAAUAGAUAGAAGUUCACAUUCGUAAUCUUAGUUAAUAUUACAUAUAUUAAAAAUAUUAUCUUAUAUCUAAAGAAUAGUAAACUUAGCAAAACGAGGAGCAAUGGCUGAUUCAAAGAAAAUCAAGAUCGGCAUUAUCGGCGGCUCGGGCUUCGACGACCCGACCCUAUUCGAAGAACAGACGGAGCACUAUGAGAACACGCCGUUUGGAGCGCCCUCGGACGCCCUCAUCGAGGGCAAAGUGAAGGGCGUGCCCUGCGUGCUGCUGGCGCGACACGGGAGGAAACAUCAGUUUCAACCCAGUGACAUAAACUACCGCGCCAACAUCUGGGCGCUCAAGCAACGCGGCUGCACCCACAUACUCGCCACGACCGCCACGGGUUCUUUGCAAGAAGAAUAUCGCCCGGGAGACCUUGUUGUGCUGGACGAUUACAUAGACAGAACAUGGGGCCGCAAGUGCACAUUCUUCGACCGCACAGAAGGCGGUCCGCGCGGCGUGUGCCACGUGCCGCAGCGGCCCGCCUUCUGCCCGCGCGCGCGCGCCGCGCUGGCCGCCGCCGCCCGCGCGCGCGGCUACAGCUGCCACGCCGCCGGCACCGCCGUCGUCAUACAGGGACCCCGGUUUUCGAGCCGCGCUGAAAGCCUGAUGCACCGACAGUGGGGGGGACAUCUCGUUAACAUGACCACAGUCCCAGAGGUGGUGUUGGCUAAGGAAGCUGGGCUAAGCUACGCAGCCGUGGCGCUCGUUACCGACUAUGACUGCUGGAGGGACAACGAGACUGCUGUGUCGGUGAGCGCGGUGCUGGCCACGUUCGCGCGCAACGUGCAGAAGGCGGCCGACGUGGUGCUGGACGCCGUGCAGCUGCUCGCCGCCGACACCGACCACAGCUAUUUGGACGAUCACCAGGAGUUGGUUUCGUCGUCCAUCAUGCUGAAGGAAUAAACCACCGUCUAAGAAUAAGCGCAGUCUAUUGUACAUUUUUAAUUCACAAUAAAACACACAAUAUCUUAAAA